AUGCGGUCGCAAUUGACCCGCCAUGUCUUGCGACGCCUGCUUGCCCACCAUGCCCUGGUGCCGCCAUGCCCCGUCCUCGCUCGACCUACCCUGCGCGGAUAUCCCGUCAUAUCCCGUGUAACAAGGUCCUCUCAGAGGAGGACUUUCCUCGAAUUCUUCAGGAAGCCUCCCCGGGCGCCCAAGGACCUCGAGAUCGAUCCCGGAUACGAGAUACUAGUGCAAUACUGGAACCACAAGACAGAAGAUCUUCGGCUCCCCUCAAAUGAGGAACUGGUGGCAGCGUUUCGAGAAUUUUGCAGGCACAAGAAGAUGACCAGUCGUCAGCCACUCACUGCAACCCAAGUAAGAAUUCUCCACAACGUCCUCAACCACCUCUGCCAUCCAUCGCAGCUUGACGGCGGCCUCACAGUGGGAGAUCUGAGGACAGCGAGGGAGGUCGUCCUGAUAGUGCCGCGGGAUGACACGGACGAUCAUGUCAAGUUGUCUAAGUUCCUCUUUGCAAAAAUACGAAAGAUGGCUCAAGACAAGCGUCGGGAGGUGCGGGGGACUUCAAAAAUGACGGAUGAGGCAGAAUAUGCAGUCGACUUGGCGGUGCUUUUAAGAGCCUUGACCCAGUAUGGAAGAUCCACCGAGGCCAGGCAAUACUUACUGGACUUCUGGGCCAAAGUUGGCCGAAAUGACCCAAACAUUGGAUUGGGACGUACCAAAGCCCUGUGGAUUCCUGUGCUCCGUGGUCUUGCACAGGAAGGCAACGAAACCCAAUUACUGGAAAUGCUGGACGCUAUGGAGCAACAAGCUGGGCUUGCCUACAACCCGGGCGCCAAGGAGAUAGUGACGACCUUCUAUGCUCAAAAAAAUGAGUUCCACAAGAUGAAAGACUGGUUCACGAGACCAGUUGUGCCCGAAGCCCCUCCAACACCGAAAACAUACCAAGAGGUGUUCCGGUGUGCGGUGCGGAAUAACCACAAACCUUGGGCGAUAUCCUUGUAUCAAGACGUCGUCAACGGACUCGAGUCACUAACCGACACGAAGUACUUCGGAGAAAGCAUACUACUUAUAUAUCAAGGCGCAGUCAUUUUGCUCGGGAAGGGUGCUGAUCACAUUGAACACAUGAUGACGGCAUACUCUGACCGACACCCAUUUGAUCCUAAAUAUCAGCCCAGCAUUGAGACCAUCAACGGCCUCAUCGAAACCGCCGUGGAAAGGAACGAUGCGUAUCUCGCCGAGCGCCUCGUUUCCUUGAUAUCAAAACUAGGACUGAAAGCGAAUAGACAAACCCACAGCCUUCAAAUGGAGUACAGGAUACGCACCAAUGACUUGGACGGCGCCUUCUCCGCGUACCGAUCCCUCCAGAACUUUGAUGGCGACCGGCAGGACUGGCCGGCCUUGAAUAAACUGAUCCGCGCCAUGUGUACGGCCCCGACACCAAACCACGAGAGGGUUCUCGAUGUCGUAAGCCAUCUGGAGCAAGACACGGCGGUCUUGGAGGCGGAAACGGUCGUGGCAAUAUGCAUGACCUUUCUAAAGAACGAUGAACAUUUCGAAGUCAUUGAUACGCUAUCACUUCACACAGUCAACUUUAGUCAGCGCGAGCGACAGAUGGUAUGCAAGUCCUUCGUAGGAUAUUGCUUGGAGACAAAGAACACCACAGCCCGCGUUUGGGAUGCGUAUGCGCUACUGCGUCAGUUCUUCCCAGAUACACAGAACGAGGACCGCGUCAAGAUUAUGGACAGCUUCUUCCGCCGCAAACGGCCGGACAUGGCUUGUUUUGUAUUUGGCCACAUGCGUCAAGCGAAGAACCCUGCCAACAGGCCGACACUUGAUACCUAUGUUCAGUGCUUUGAGGGCAUCGGGAGGUGCCCAGAUAUAGAAAGCCUGAAGAUUGUACACAACAUGCUGAAGAUGGAUACGACCGUCGUACCAAAUACGCAGUUACACAAUGCCCUGAUGAUCGCCUACGCAGCAUGCGAAGAAGAUGACCGAGCACUGGACUUCUGGCAGGAGAUCAGCAACUCGGUCGAGGGCCCAUCGUAUAAUUCGUUAGAGAUCGUCUUCAGGAUAUACCAGAUCAACCACAACGGCGAUAAGAAAGCAAAGGCUCUCUGGGAGAAGAUGGAAAAGAUGGAAAUUGACGUACCCCCGAAAGUCUACGCGGCAUACGCAGGGGCGGUGGCAGCACACAGCAAUCCAGAUGAGGCAAAGAAACUUUUGGUGGAGAUGGAGGCCAAAGUCAACCAGGAGCCCGACACAAUGACUCUUGCCGUUGUGUACAACCGCUUGGCAAAUGAUGAGCAGAAAGACGAUUUUGAAAAGUGGGCUCAGGAAGAGUUUCCCCAUAUUUGGACAGAGCUGGCCAAAACAAAAAGAAAGCGAGACAGCGAGGGAUUACGCAAGUUCCGGAUGUCUCCGCCCUGGAAGGCGUAA